AUGGCAUCGACCCAGAUUAAUGUGCAAGCGAGCACAGCGACGAAUCCAAUCCAGUUUAUCUCGCUAAUAUCAAGAUCAGACGAACUACUAUACAUCCAGUCAUUCCAAUCCGCAUCCAAAACCACCGCCGCAAAACCGACACACUCGGAAACCAACCGGUUUCUCAGAUUCAAUUUCUUCAGCCACAUGGCACUAGACAUUUUCCUCUCGCCGACAUCACUCGCACUACGCGAGCAGCAACUGCAGCAGCAAGGAGACGACCAGUAUGAUGGAGUGCUACUUUUAUUCAUCCAGGAUCAAGUCAUGGUGUAUGGAUACGAGUCGAAUAACGGGUUGAAGAUUAUCGUUGGAGUAGACCAGGCUAUCCUGGUGGACGUGCGCCGGUUGCGGAAGUUGAUCAAUGACGUUUACCGACUUUAUUUGCGCAUUCUUUGUAAUCCGUUUAGGAAUUUCGGCAAAAAUUCGGCUGCGGAGAGAGAUGAGAGUGGUGCUGAAGCAGGUGGCCAUGAGGGUGAAACGGAGAUUUUAAAGGGCACCAAAUUUGAUUCUGGGGUUGAGUCGUUGGUUGAGCUGUUUGUGUGA